AGGACACAGCAGAGCUGGCAUCAUAAUUCAUUCAUUUAACGUCUCCCUUCUGUCUGUCUGCAGAGAUAACUACACCCUUCAGAUCAAUCCAAACUCUGGCCUCUGUAAUGAGGAUCACCUCUCAUACUUCAAGUUCAUCGGUCGGGUGGCUGGCAUGGCUGUGUAUCACGGAAAGCUGUUAGACGGUUUCUUCAUCAGACCGUUCUAUAAAAUGAUGCUGGUCAAACAGAUCACACUGAAUGAUAUGGAGUCAGUGGACAGUGAAUACUACAACUCUCUCAAGUGGAUUUUGGAAAACGACCCCACAGAACUGGACUUGCGGUUCUGCAUUGAUGAGGACAACUUUGGACAGACAUAUCAGGUGGAUUUAAAGCCAAGCGGAUCAGAUAUGGUUGUAACCAAUGACAACAAAAAAGAAUACAUAGACCUGGUGAUUCAGUGGCGGUUUGUGAACCGGGUCCAGAAACAGAUGAACGCCUUUUUGGAGGGUUUCACCGAACUCAUUCUCAUUGACUUGAUAAAGAUUUUUGAUGAAAACGAACUGGAG